AUGGCGAAGCUGGCUUUCCUGCUGGCUUUGGUCCAGAGUGCGCUCAUUCACGGCCUACCCGCCCACGAAAAGCCACACUUUGCGCUUGAUGUCGGUGAACGUGCCAUCACGCUCUCAUCAAACCUUCAAGUCACCACGAGCUACAGUCUGGUUGUGACCAGCUUGCAGUCCGCGAGUGUGACCGAGUCACCUUCCAUUACUGGUGUCAUCCCGACGGGUUUGCCAGACCCAGGCUUCUCUUUUAACCCCAUAAAAACUCCUAGCUACUACCCGUCCAAUACUCUAGCGCCCAUCAAUGGAACACUGCAGCCAGGACCAACCACCCCCUUGAACAAUGUCGAAGGCAACGUUUUCGUCCCUAUGGCUACAGACGCGCCUCCACCGCAGGUAGUCUCGCGCGGCGAUCACCCUAUUAAGAAGAUCAACAUUGUGGAUGGAGAUGUCCCAGUCUAUACCAACAAGUUUUACGCAAACCUCUUCCUAGGAGAGCAAAACUUUCCCGUCUGGACGCAUCCGUACUCGGUAGCAUGGGCCAAGGGCACUGGCGAUACUUGGGGUAUGUCUGUGAGCCAUAUUGAACGAACGCAAUUUGCCUGGGGCGAACAAACUCCGCCACGAUACUGGAUCGCACCGAUCGGUAUCCAACAUAUCGUGAUGUCGGCGAAGGAGCUGGGAACCAGCACAGUUCUGUCCACCGAAGAGUUGACGGGUUUCUCUGUCUAUGCUAACCUGGCCCCUUCGGUCAAUGCGGACCCUGUCAUUUCGUUCCCUCUCGUACAAGGAAUGGGUUUCGUGACCGGCUUAUAUAACAACGGAAAGCCGCAACUCAAUUCCGGUGUCUUCUUUCGCACACUCAAUUACGUGGGUCGACUGAAUGGUAUCACAUACAAGUACCAAAUCACUCUUGAGGAUGGCUCUCACUGGCUUCUCUAUGCUACCCCAGUGGGUUCCCUCGGCGCACCACCAUUCACUCUGGUAGACAAUAAGCUCAUUGAGGGACCGGACGGAUACAUCGGCUCGAUACAGAUUGCCAAGAAUCCUGCAGACUCGGAUGGAGAGCGGAUCUACGACUCUACCGCAGGUGCAUUUGCAACCAAUGCUACAAUUUCUGGUACUGUCAACGGCGCGUUCGGCAGUUAUACGCUCGACUGGGGCAAGAGCGGCGUACAGAAUCAGACGUUGCUCAUGUUCGCUAUUCCGCACCAGGUGGAGUCAUUCGACCAAGCUUCGAAAGAUGCUUUGACCAUUAUCGAGCUUGUUACAACCACCAAAGGCUAUGCCAGGGCCGUUGUUGCUGAUAGGAUCACUAUGGUUGAGCCUGAACUCCCUGCCUCCAUCGGAUUCGCCCCGUGGGUUCCUGACCAGGACAAUGGAAACAGUGGCAGCGAAAACAUCGAGCUCUCCGACGAUGCACGCAUCAUGGUCCAGAACUCCGGCGCCGUCGAGCUAGGCCAGAACUUCACCGCCCAAACAAGUCUCGACAGCAUGUACUACAGCGGCAAAGGCCUCGCCAAAUUCGCAGCCAUCAUCUACACCGUCCAGACCCUGGGCAAGGACACCGAGCUCGCAGCCGCCGGUCUCGUCAAACUAAAAGACGCCUUCAACGUCUUCGUCAACAACACACAACCCCUGCCCCUCGUCUACGACACCGUCUGGAAAGGCGUCGUAUCCUCCGGCUCCUACGGCGGCGACCUCGGCCUCGACUUCGGCAACACCCUCUACAACGACCACCACUUCCACUUCGGCUACUUCGUCUACACCGCGGCUGUAAUCGGCCACCUCGACCCCUCCUGGCUCGACCAAGGCACAAACAAAGCCUGGGUCAACAUGCUCGUCCGCGACUUCGCCAACCCCUCCUCCACAGACCCUUUCUUCCCCUUCCAACGCUCUUUCGACUGGUACUCCUGCCACUCCUGGGCAAAAGGCCUCUUCGACUCGGGCGACGGAAAAGACCAAGAGUCCACCUCAGAAGACACCUUCGCGACCUACGCCCUCAAAAUGUGGGGCUCCACCUCCGGCGACGCCCCCAUGGCCGGCCGCGCCAAUCUCCAACUCGCGUGCCAGAAACGCAGUCUGCGGAAUUACUUCCUGCUCGAGUCAGAUAACCAGGUCCAGCCGAGCGAAUUCCUGCCCAACAAAGUUACGGGUAUCCUCUUUGAGAACAAGGUCGAUCACACGACGUACUUUGGGGCGGAGCCCGAGUUUAUAGAGGGGAUUCAUAUGAUUCCGCUGAAUCCUAGCUCUGCGUAUACAAGGACGACGGGCGGGCGGAUAAUGUCACGGGUGGAUGGAGGGGGUAUUCUCCAUGCGAAUCAGAUACUCAUCGAUCCGUUUGCCGCGCUGGACUUCUUCUCUGAUCCGAACUUCGAUAUGAGCUCCCUCGACGGUGGAGCAAGCCGCACAUUCUAUCUGGCGUAUGCGGCGGCUAUGGCGGGGGGUGUCGGGGGAGGCGUGGCCAAUGUUACUGAAGCGUCGAUGGGUGGGACGGCAGCGAAGCCUGUUUCUGCUCAGAUGCAGAGUGGGUACGAGACCGGAGAUGAAGAGCCUGGACCGGAUGACGAUUGGGAGUGGGAGUAUGAUGACGGGAGCGAGGCAGACGAUGGAAGUACCAGCUCCGACGAGGCAUCGUCAGGGUAUGAAGAGCCCGACUCCGACACUGGGACGGACGCCGACUCUAACGACGGCUAUGGAGUGGGCGUAUGA